GUUCCUUUAGAAUGGAAAACAGUAACACUGUGUUCUAGAUUAGGAAUUAUAAAUGGUUACUCUCAAUAUCUCAUGGCUCUAUGAUCCUUGUGUCCACAUCUCUUCCAUACACAACACAAAUUAAGUUUUUCGUUUGUCGUGAUUUGAGCCAAUGUCAGCAGAUUUAGAUCGACAUCUCGCUACUAGCUAGUUCAAAUGCAUAGUGUUCUAGAGUCAUAUUCAUUGAUAUAUACAUUAUCAUUUGAUCGAGUAGCUAUGAACUAAGACAUAUAUAGUUAGUUUGGAUCCAGUCUCAGUCAAGUAACUGAUACAUUCAUCGAUUAUACAAGAUGAGGAGUGAGAUCGGCUGGAGGACUCUCGUGGAGGAGGAGGAGGAGGAGAGAGAAGAGGAGAGGCGGAGGAAGGCGGAGGCGGAGGAGGAUGGAGUGAUAAAGGAGUAUGGAGUCAAGGAUCUUGGAGAUCAUGGGAGGUUAGGAAAGCGAUGGAGUGCGUGGGACUUGGGGCUCAAUAGAGACAAAGUCUCUAAUGGCAGAAAAGGCUCUUCUCAUGGUCUCGUCAUUCACCCUCGAAACAGAUGGUAUCGAGCUUGGGAGAAAUUCAUUUUGUUAUGGGCAAUGUACUCUUCUUUCUUCACACCCAUGGAAUUUGGGUUCUUCAGAGGAUUACCAAAUCACCUGUAUUUAUUAGACAUAAUCUGUCAAACACUAUUCUUCAUCGACAUUGUCCUUCAAUUCUUUAUAGCUUUCAGAGACAUCGACACCGAGAAGAUGAUCUUCAACCCAAACCUAAUUUCUCUUCGGUACUUGCAAUCUCAUUUCAUCCUUGAUUUACUCGCCUGCAUUCCAUGGGAUAUUAUUUACAAGGCAUGUGGAAGAAAAGAAGAAGUGAGAUACCUUCUACUGAUUAGAUUGGUGCGAACACGGAAGGUUCUAGAGUUUUUCUCAAAAAUGGAGAAGGACAUACGUGUCAAGUAUUUGUUUUCAAGGAUUCUAAAGCUAAUUGUUGUUGAACUCUACUGCACACAUACAGCAGCCUGUAUAUUCUACUAUUUAGCUACAACUCUUCCAGCUAAUGAAGAAGAAUACACAUGGAUUGGAAGCCUUAAACUCGGUGAUUAUAGCUACUCAACUUCAGAGACAUUGAUCUUUGGAAACGCUAUAUAA